AUGCCCCCCACAAUUGAAGAAUUGGUCGACGGCCUACUACCGAACAACUCGAAAGCUGCCGAAACUGCCGCGGCCAAGAGCGCAGCCCCGGUGUAUCCCGAGCUUCUCCUACAUCAACUGGGGAAUGCCAAUCGAUACUACAACUCAUUCCAGAGAUACACGCGGCAAUUUGUCGCCAACACAAAUCAAAACAAUGUAUUGCAAUUCUCCCACAGUCGGCUUGGGUUGCUGCUGGCGCUGAAGGUUCUUGCGUGGGAUCAGGUUGACUCCGAAUUCUCCACUACACAACUCCAUACCGAGCCCGGCCGUCGAACGGCUGCUGCGCUCAUAAGCCUGGGCACGGCCAACUCGCUCUUUUCAUGGGCGCUGGGCGAAAAGUACAUUCUGGCGCGGAAGCUCGAGUUGCAGAACAAAAGCACGAAUAGCUCUUCGUCAAGUCCCAAACCUAAAGAGCUGCAGAGAGCGACCACGCCGCCUGUAUCACGCUACAAGCAAUCGAUGACACAACGCAUAUCCAAUGUUGUCGAAAAGGAAAGUAACAAGUUUAUCCAGGAUCGCAUUCAGAUCAUCAAAGCGCAUCACCUAGAGCAGGCCUCGCGGAAAAUAGACGAGCGCAAGAAGAGAGAUCAUGAAUUGUAUCUUCGCCGGAUUCGAAACAAGGAAAAUGAGUAUGAGCAGGCGAUCAAGGCUGCGAUUGCAUCCAAAGAUCUAGAAAAGCGCUCUCUGGGUAUCUUUGGGUCGCUCUUUGGAAUUAGCUCAAAAUCCAUCUCCAGUAGCUUCAUCCUCAACAUCUCCGACGACACGGAGACUAAACUCUCAGAUACUGAAAACAGCAUGAGAACAUCUGUGGAGUCUUGUGCAUCACGAAGCUCGCGUCCCGGCACGCCUACACCUACGCCUAAAACCUUCUUGAGAAAUUCCUUGAAGUCAUCUCGGCCCGCAUCACCAGCCAUUCCACAAGCAGAGGCUUCGCCUAAAAAGAACACCGCAAAGAAGCCCUACGAUCCGUAUCUGCCCUCUUCGUAUCCUGUAGCUGACGACAGCUUGCCCGUGGCUAAUUUCCCCAGUCAGGAUCUUCUACUGUAA